AUGGUAACUCAAUCUCUUGCAAAGCAAAACUACACUCAAUUGGCAGAAGAUGCUGUGAAUCAGCAGAUUCAAAUGUACCAAAUGGCUCAGCAGACGUACAUCGCUGCUGCUGCUUAUUUCAAUAACGCAGAAGUAGCACUGCCUGGUUUUACAAAGUUCUUUCAUGAGCGUGCUGAGCAUGAAGGCAAGAUGGCUCAGCAUUUGAUUGAUUAUCAAAUUACGCGUGGAGGCAUCUGUAUUAUCAGUGCUAUUCCUCAGCCAUUGAUUGAUUGGAAAUCUGCUACCAAUGCCGUUGAAACCUGCUUAUCCCUUGAAAAGGAUGUCAACAAAUCCUUGUUGAGUUUGACCGCCUUGGCCAUCAACAACGCAGACGCUCAUUUGCGCCAUAUCCUCAAGGGUGGUCAUUUAAAGUACAAGGUAGAAACCAUCGCCAACGUCGCCAAGGGCUAUACGCAAAUCAAACGAGUUGGUGGAGAGGGACUUGGAUUGCACAUGUUGGAUCAAGACUUGUACAAACACGAAAAGUUUGUUGUUUGA